AUGCCUGUCGCCCCGAAGCGCACCGUCGGCUCCUCGGAGCCGAGCGCGUACGAGCGCUUCCACUCCACCUUCCAGGCGGCGGUGACGCAGGAGCUCGAGGCCCUCGUCGGGGAUCUGCGCUCCGCCGCCGCGCGCGUCGCGGAUCAGCCCGUCAAUUUAUCGGAUCCCCCGAGAGGCGACGGCGCUGAGGAUGCGUCCGGGUCGCUCAAGGCGCUGGUCGACGAGCUCGUGGCGCGGUGGGGGUUCGUCCUCGCCACGUAUCGCGCGCACGUAGCCGCGGAAGACGAGGUGGUCCUGCCCGCGCUCGCCGCGAGGGUCAGCAACGUCGCCCACGCGUACGAGCUCGAGCACGAGGCUGAGGAUUCCCUCUUCGACGGAAUCACCCAGGCGCUCGACGAGGCGGUGGAGCUCAUCGCCGCGAACGACGGCGGGGGACCCGCGCCCACCGACGCCGAGGGACGCGAACGGCUCCAAGGCGCGAUCCAGCGCGCGGCGAGGACCGCGCACGCCACCAAGACCGCGCUCGCGCAGCACCUCGCCAAGGAGGCUGCGCACCUGGUGCCCCUCAUGGACGGAGCCUUCGCGCCCGAUGAGCAGACCGCGCUGGUCGAGAGGUUCAUAGCGUCCGUGCCCGCCGCAUGGGUCGGUCCCGUGCUGGCGCGGGGACCGACGCAGGGGGAGCAAGGUCCGCUUCGCACGCUCAUCGCGUCUUGGCUCGCUCGCGGCGAGACUGGUGGCGGUGUAACCGAGGGAAAGGGUUUAAGUGACGACCCUUCCGACGGCGGUAAGAGCGAGGGGGACCAGCCGCCGGCGAAGCGAUCCAGAUCCGGCGCCGACGCGGGCGUCUCGACCCAGGCGGUGGGUCCCAUCGAUCACAUAUUCCAGUUCCACGCUGCGCUUCGACGCGAGCUUCGCAGGCUCGAGUCGGACGUUUUGGCGCUGCCAAAGCCCGAGGAGACGGCCAAGCGGGCGGCGGCGCUGCGAACCCUGGAGGGUCGGUUCGUGUUCUUCUGGGGCGUCUACCGCGCGCACAGCAGGUCCGAGGACGAGCUCGUGUUCCCCGCGCUGGAGAACAAGGAUGAGCUGCACAACGUGAGCCACUCGUACACCCUGGACCACGAGCACGAGGCUGAGCUCUUCGUGGAGGUGGACGCCUGCCUCAGGGACUUACGAGAGCACGCGGGGCUCGCGGGGGACGAGGGUGGGGUGGACGGCGAGAAGGUGCACGACGCGAUGGAGGCGAAGGGUUCGGACAGGAGGAUGGACCCGAAGACCCGGGCGGCGAUCAUGGAGGUUGAGAGGAGGCUCCAGGCGGCGUGCGUAGCCGUGAAGGUUUGCCUCGAGACUCACGUCGCGAGAGAGGAGGCUGAGCUGUGGCCGCUGUUCGAGAAGCACUUCACGAGCGCGGAGCAGGGUCGACUGGUGGGGCUCAUCAUCGGGCGGACGGGCGCGGAGGUUCUGCAGAGCAUGCUCAGCUGGCAGCGCAAGGCGCUCACCGAGGAGGAGAAGGCGGCGAUGAUAGGAUCCAUGCGGGACGCGAGCAGGAACACCAGGUUCGCGAGUUGGCUCGAGACCUGGUGGAGCAGCGAGGAGCAGACGGCCGGGACGGAGGGAGGAGAGGACUUGGGUGCGACGACCGCGGGUUCCGAGAGGCUAACAGAGACCAACGACGGGAGGGCUAACGACGCGGGAGUCGACGCCGCCGCCGUGGACGGCCUCGGUCAGGUGCAGGAGUACCUUCGCCGCCGAGCCGACGGGGACGCGUCCACCACGGGCGUCGCCAAGGCUGCCGCCCUGGCCGCCGCAGCCGCCGCGGACAAGAGCGGGUACACGCCGAGCUGGGACGACAUGUUCCGCAUGAACCGACAACAGCUGGAACAGGCGGCUCGAACGCUGUCGCGCGACGACUCGCUCGCUCCGGAGCGCAAAGCGUACCUGAUGCAGCACCUCCUCGCGGCGAGGUGGAUCUGCGCGCAACAACGGGCGAAGCAGCUCAAGAAGGGCGAGAAGGGCGAAGAUGUUGACAUCCUAGACGAGGGCGGCGUUCCGGGGGAGAGGGCGGCUGUCGGCAACGGAGCCGCCGACGCCGGGGUCGACGGGGCUGCCGAGAAGACGGGCACCGCGCCGCCGUCGGACACCGCCGAGGCGGCGCUCGCGCUCGCGGGCGCGCCCGGUCUGGCGAGUUACCACAAGGGCGCGAGCGACGAUGUCGUGUUGUGCCAGCCGGUUGGCGGGGAAGAGGUCCUGGGGUGCAAGCAUUACGCCAGGAAGGUUCGCCUGGUUGCCGCGUGCUGCGGCGCCGCGCACGUCUGCCGGUUCUGCCACGACGAGUCCGAGGAUCACACCAUCGAUAGGUACGCGACCAAGGAGAUGAUCUGCAUGCGGUGCGCCGCGCGGCAACCGUCGGCAAAGGAGUGCCGCGAGUGCGGCAAUGUCGUCGCGAGGUACUUUUGCUCCGUUUGCAACUUUUGGGACGACAGCGGCAACGACGUGUAUCACUGCCCGUUCUGCAACGUGUGCAGGCGCGGCGAGGGCCUCGGCAAGGAUUUCUUCCAUUGCAUGCAGUGCAACAGCUGCGUCUCGCUCACCAUGGGACCGCACGUCUGCCCGGCGGCGAAGAACGCCAAGGGCGACGAGGGCGGCGGCGGCGGCGGGACCGUUUUUGCCGGAUCGAUGGAGAGCGAGUGCCCGGUGUGCAAAGACUUUUUGUUCUACUCGGACACGCCGGUGAAGUGCCUGCCAUGCGGUCACUUCAUGCACACCUCGUGCUUCCAGGCGUACACCAAGCACUACUACACCUGCCCGCUGUGUCGCAAAUCCUUGGGCGACUUUUCGGCGUACUUUCGCAUGUUGGACGCUAUCCUGGCCGAGGAGGAGGAGGCCAACGCGACGCCGGGUGACGACGAGGAGCAGCCGAAGCGCGCGAAGCAGAGGGUGGCGUGCAACGACUGCGGGGUGGAGUCUCUGGCGCCGUUUCAUUUCGUGUAUCACGCGUGCGCCGAGUGUCGGAGUUACAACACCAGGGUGUUGGCAGUCGUGCCGCCGUCUGAAGUUGCAAAGGAGGAGGCGAAGAACGACAAGUAA